GUAUCAUGUCAGUCUUGGUGUUAAUUGCUGUAAAUGUGUUGACAGUGUUUGAUCUUCUACUUAGAACCAGCAUUUCAUUUUGCCCCCCUCUAAAGUGCCACUGAACCAAACAUUUGGGCGGGGAUAAACAAUUCGUGGGCGGAGUUUAACCCGUGUGCAGGAGCCACGGUGGGCGUGAGUUGAAAACUUUUUUGACAGCUGUUAAAGCACGUCUCCUCGGUUGUGGGGCGUGGUCAAACGCCUUAGUGGGCGUAUCCUUGCAGAUUUCACGUCUGAUAAACAGAGCCAGGAUAAACGCUGUAAGAAACCUGCGGCAGUGAGCGGCGUUAAUGCCGGGUGAACAUGAACCCAGGACAAGAAGUCCAGCCGUGUCGAGUGGACCUGAAGACGUGAAGGGAACGACGUGAAAAAAAUGUUGAAGGAGCCAAGUUAAACCUGGAGCACCACUCACAACAUGUCGAUAUGUCCUGGAGAUAAGAUAGAGCACUCGAGUUACUCCAUAUCUGCUUCUUAGUGGUGCUUUUAUUGCAAUCCAGGGUCUAAUCGUGAGAAGCUCCUGCAAACAUCAGACUUUUUCUUUCCUGGACCCAGUACAUUGGAAUUGCAUGAUGAUGAUGGAGACGCUGACGGACGUGUUACUGGUCACUGCCAAUGUUGGCUCUUUAUUUGACAAUCUGGGUCAAAUCCAGAACAGCUGGCUGCUAGAAUUCUACACGACCGUGGACACUCACAAGCCCCGCUUCAUCGCCCUGCAUUUUCAGGAGGUUGGGGGGAAAGACUACAAAACCAACAUGACUCACGCUGAAAACUUCUUCUGGACCAUCGAGUCCAGCAUGGAGAUGUCAGAUUUUGAUCGAGUGUGCAUCUACAUUGAUAGCGACUUUGAGACAGAGGACAACUUCACGGCCCUCGGGAGCAUUUACUUCAUCCACAAAUCUCUGGAGAACGUCCAGCAGUACGAUUUUAGUGCGAAGGAGUUCAGAUUGGUGUCAGGACGCAACAAGUACGCAGAUUCGCUGUACGGAGUCACGACGGUGGAGAAGGAGAAGUUUCAGAGAAACUUUUGGCCAGAUAGAAAGUGGUCAAGGAAAGGCUACAUGAGGACACGUUGGCUUAUUCACAACCAGGGCCUGGACUUGGUGAACGUGCACCUUUUUCAUGACGCUUCGAACCUCGUAGCCUGCAAAUGCAGUCCCUCUGUGUACUCGACUUACAGACAGAAAGCUCUCCGUUACGUCAUCAGCAGGAUAUCUAAUGACUUCGGACCACUGCCUUUCUUCCUGUUUGGAGAUUUUAACUUCCGCCUCGAUACACUAAGACUAGUACAGGACCUCUCUACGACUGCAGAAGUGCAGAUGGUGAUGGACAGCACAAACGAAGUGGAGAAAAUCAUCUACAAGGAAAAAGGCAACGACCACAAGGUGCUGUUUCAAAUAGAGACUAAGCAGUUUUUAUACCUGCACCAUAAACUCUUCAGAGAGGACACUGGACAAAAGCUCCUGGAGUAUGACAGCGAGACAGCAGCCUUCGAUGACAUCAUCACAGAAGAGGAGAUUCGGUUUCUUCCCAGUUACCCCUACAGUGAAGACUACUCUAAACCCACGCAGUACAUGAACACACGCUGUCCAGCCUGGUGUGAUCGCAUCCUCAUGUCCCACAACACAAGGGACGUCAUCUACAGGAGAAACGAUGGACAGAAUAACGUCGUGUACAACAUCCUGGGGCAGAAGGUCUGCAUGGGAGACCACAAGCCUGUCUUCUUGUUCUUUGCACUGAAAUCCAACAACCAGUGAUAUAAAAUAUGGACCUAUUAAAGGGUGUGUCCGUGAAAAAGAAGGUUUCCGGAUGGCUGUUAUUCUGCUACAAAAGCUCACAACCUGCGUAGACCUCAAACCACACAAAGGGAGGGGAGGCAGAGAAAUGAUGCAGCCCAGCCCUAGUACAAGUUCUACAUUUUUACAGUUCUCAAGAGAUUUUAGUUUCCUGCUUAGUUUGAGAUUAUCACCAGUCUUCAAACCCUACAGUCAGGGAAUGCACGUGAAUCCACUAGCUUUUUUUUUUUCUUUCAACUUUAUAUCAAUAGCAUGCUCAGUACAAGCUCCAGCUAUACACCGUACACUUCAGAAUUGCACAAGCUGCUCAGUCAACACCCCCCACCCCCACACACACACACUUAUAUUCCGAUGUUAAAUAUACGUUCCUUAGGCUUAUAAACAUUUAUAUAGUACGAGUUUCCGCCGCAUUCCACCAUGGCCGUCGUCUUAAUAUGGGAUCUCUGCUGUGCAGUAAGUCAGACAUGAUCGGAUCGAGAGAAUAUGCACCAGGCAGGGACGAAAUCGAAAGGCCACCAGCAGCGUAUAAAAUAUGGAAAUGCAUCCCAAAGAGACAGAGACAGACUUUUAAAAAUAGCUUCAGUUUGUAGCUACAAACCGCCUUUUAUAUAACAACACCAUAUAAAGCUAAAUGUAAUUGUUUUAUUGUAUUUUUUUGGUGUGAGGGAUGUAGUCAGACGAAACUUUUUUGACUGACCUUUUUAGAAAUAAGUCGCCUUAGUUUCCAUUUUCCGCUAUAUGUUUAUAUGUAUACACUAUAUGACUGAAGGUUUUUGGACACCUGACCAUCACACCCACAAAGUUAGAAGCACACAGUUGUACAGAAUGUGUCUGUCUUUCUUUACAGUAGAAUUACAAUAUCCCUUUACUGGAACUUAGAAGGCCAAACACUGUUCCAGCAUGAAAAAAAAAUACAAACCCUAUGUACAAAGCGAGCGCCGUAAAGACAUCCUGUGUUAAGUUUAAAGAAGAAGAACUCCUGCACAAAACUCUGACCUCAACCUCACCAAACCUCAAAACCCUGACUGAACCCCAGACCUCAACAUCCAACAUGAGUACCUGAUCCAACUAAUUCCCCACAGCCACGUGCCUUAAUCUAACCGAAAGACUUCGCAGGAAAAUGGAGGUUAUAAUUAAUAUUAAAUAGUGAUCUGAUACACGGUCCAUUAAGCACACGGUUCAACUUUUAGGUGCCUACAAACGUCCAACCAUAUAGUGUAUAUAUACGAAGCCAAGUCUAUGACCAAAUCUUGUAUUGCUUCAUCGUCAUGCUGCUAUAAUGCCUUUACCUUCUGUACUUAACCUUCAUUUAUGAAUAAUCCAGUGGCAAGGUGCGUGCUUAGAAACACAUGUCUUUAGUUGUACUCUACUGAUCUGUGAAUAGUUUAGCAUUUACUCCUUUAUAUAUGAUUUUGUGGUUCUUUAUCCCGCAUUUAUCCUGUUAAUAACACGAAUUAUACUCUG